UAGUGCGCGCGCGCGCACACACUCACGCGCGUUUCAUUUAACUGAGGCUGCGCUCAGCUCGUGGACAACAAGGAUGAACUUGACGCUUCUUCUAAAACUGCUAAAAUAAUCGGUUAAUUGAAUUUUUGACCAGCCAAAGAUCAAUCUACAUGUUAUUUUAGGCCUAUUAAAUAAUCUUUAUGGAAUUAACCGCGAAGACGGGAUGUUUGAGCUUACAAAAUGCGUCGUUUUGUGUAUCUUCUCCUAUUUAUUUUCGCUCCAGGUUAUGCACUGUUAGAGAACAGAGGUUGUGGAGGUAAAAUCAGUAUUUUUCGUGAGAGGAGCGGCUUUAUCCGGUACCCUUCACAUCCAGAUCGCUCCAUAUUUAACCAAAUUACGGACAACAGCACGGAUGUCCCAUGCACUUGGAUUAUCGAUUCACAUGAAAAUCAGACAGUUUGGAUAGAGGUCAUUUCCAUUGGUAAUAAUUCUAGUUUUGGGAUUCAAUUUGGGAACAAGGAUGAACGGACCAACAAAAAAGAUGAUAAUGCACUGUUCUCGGGCACUGGAAGAACCAUCAUCAAAUGGAGGACUGCGAAAAGUACAGAUACAUUACAUCUAAGAUGGAACACGUCAGAUUCCAGUCAUGAUCCUGCUUUGAUUCCUUACACACACUCUGACACUGACCCGGUUUCUCCCUCUCCGAGUGGCUCAAGCAGGGUAACCUAUACCCCAGACAUUCCAGGGAAAGGCAACACGGCCCUCGAAUCACAAUCACACACUCCCAGAGGUGAGAGUGUACAGUGGGGCGAAGGCGUGUCUGACCUGGCCGAUAACAGCAGACCUCGUUAUCCGCAGGAAAACACGAACAAUGAACAGGAAACAACUGGAGAAUGGAUCUCUGACCUCUCUGGCACAAAUUCUUAUUCUUCCACUACAAUCCGCCCGCCAUCGCUGUCUUUGCACACUACACCCAAACACACAACAAGCGACGUUACUGCAAAAACAAUCACGCUUUUAUCACAUACGAGCGAUGUGACACACACUGAAUCACACAAAAGUUCCCAGCGCAUAGAUACAAACACAUUUACUAAAAUGAUAUCAAACACACUUAGAGCUAAGCGAAGCGAUCCGAGUUCAGUGUAUCCGACAGACAGCUUUCUUUCUGUCAGUUUACCGGAUAAAAACACAACUCCGUUUAGUAAAAAAGAUUUUUUCACCGACAGUCCUCACAAAGUUGCCACCUUGAUGCAGUCGAGUGUUCUGGAUGUGCUUCAUACAGAGACUCCAACCUAUCGAUCAGAGACCGAUAAACCAGAUCGUCUUUCAAUGUCUACUCAUCCAAAUGUUAAUAUCUACAAUAAUUCAAUAACUGUUACUAGCACACCUGAGUUUCCAGCUGUCAAUCAAAGCAACCCACUGAAGUUUUCUGAUAGCAACACAUACUCCGGACACACCAAGUCUUUUGAUUUUAUAGGUGAACCUACAAUGAACGUUACCAUCCUUUCUACAACUGAGAAUAACCCAACAACCUCAAGCAUACUUUCAACAAAGGAGUCGCCUAGAACACACGCCACGCAGGAUUUAACAUCUGAAGCAUCAACUACACACAUCAUCAAAAGUCAACCCAAUAAAACCAGCUCAAUAUCUACUGAAAUCUCAGAGUUAACAUCUCACAACAAUGAAGCCAGCACUUUUACCAUCUUUACAUCUACCACACCUCCAUCUCUGACCUCUGCUGGCACUGACACAGAAAGUGAUUGUCUCACAUGCACCUCUUAUGUACCAUCUACAGUACGACAAAAUAAAGAAAGACAGGAAAACCUCACCACUACUCCUCCAUCAGGUUCUUCCAGUCCUGAGAUAAAUCCUAACGUGACCUCAGACCUCGCAAGCAUCACUACAGUGACAUUUAGGAGCCACGUGGAUUUAAAGGAACCUGAGAUUUCCCCAUCACAGAUCCAGAACGUUGGCGCGUACACAAAUUCUCCACAAGCUAUGCUUUCGAAUACACCAAAAGCCCCUUUGUACAACCCCACAUCUCCAUCUUUUAUAAACCCACAGACCUUUUCUGUUAUUACCCAAACAAGCAUUGCGGGUGUAAGUACUCGGAGGAGUUUGACAGCCAUUACCAAGACUAUCCAUGGCUUAUCUCCAUUAAAAGACGCUCACACUGAAUCAAUAGAAAGUAUGGAUAGCAUCACCAGCCACCUUCCAGGUUUAACACUGAGCCCUUCAUCUGUUGACCUCACAUCAUCUACACUUACUAUUAGCAAUCCUGCUGUUCAGACCAGCACACCUGUUAGCAUAACCUCUUCACCAGCAUACCGACCACCUACCAAACAGUCUAAAAUGACCCCACACGCCACGUCCGCAGAAAACCCUUCGGUCCGUACGCAUAUUCAAGUAGUGGAGUCCAGAACAAUCAGACCUACUGAAUAUUUGACCACAAGCUUCCGUCUUACUGGGACGAAUCAACACGCAGCAUCUACGCAAGAAGUCACGCAGACAUCUCAGAUCCAGUCGACUGCAUCCAAAUCUGACAAGAAGUGGCCACAUGGGAGGCAUUUUGUCGUAGUGGAAGACCAGCAAGCAAUCAUCAAAAAGGAUACAUUUCAAGUACUCUUACAAAUCACCCUGGAAGACAACUUUGACCCUGGCAUGGGCCUGCAUGAGAUGGAGCCAUUUCUACAGCGAGUGUCUGGGUACAAGAGUCAACAUGUUACCUGGCACAGUGGUCCAGUUCUGCAAACAGUGGUCCUGUUUCAGACAGUGAGAGCCCUUUCCUGGUUGGGAAGGGCGGAGUCUCUGUUACAGGAGGUGGGGUUAAAUCCAGUGCCAAAGGCUGGAAUAUUUUUGGGUGGAGUUCGAGUGAAAAACAUUAUAGUGGGAGGUUUGCAGACUGAGAUUUGUGAAUGGCUGUUUGAAUGCCCUGCUGGGUUUCAGUGUGUCUCUUCCAAGACCAACGCCAGCUGCACAUCAGUGUGCCACUUUGACUACUGUAAAAAUCAGGGCAUCUGUGUCCAUCGCCCUGAUCAACAACCAAUCUGCCAGUGUCCCGUCGGAGAGGAUUAUUGGUUUAUGGGUCAACGCUGCGACCUCCGCAUGACCCGACCACGUUUGGUGGGCGUUUGCUUUGGUGUGCUCACCGCGGUAGCCGCAGUAAUGGCUCUCCUGUCUUAUCUUGCAGUCCGGCGUUAUAAAAGCAUGCUUAUGCAGGCCAAAGUGGAACAAACACGCAGCAGUUAUCGGCGAUUUAAUCACUUCGAUGAGCUCUCGGCUCGGUUUUGGGGAAGGUCCUGGCCGGGGUCGGAAGACUCUUUGGAUAACCCGAUCUUUACUCGCUCAGACGAAUUACUACAUCUAAGAGCCCUAGAUCGUACUUGCUGUUAUCACGAUGACACGCUUUCUGUUGUCUCCACAUACCAUGGUAGUGGGACAAACCUAAACACUGUAUAUCCUCACAGUUCUCAGUAUGGCUGGGAUAUGAGCAACUGCAGCUUAGCAGAUGGUGUGGUGGAUUCUGGGAAAGCUAGUGACCUGUCGGUCUGUAGCUGGCCGAUCGAGCCGAUUCAGUGGACACCAUUUCCAUUAUUACAGCAGAUCAACAGAAAUUCUGCAUCAGUGAAAGCAACUCGCCCUCGCUCUUACUGUGAAGGCAUGGAGCUGGUAGAUUUGGAGAAGAGCUGGACAGCCUAAUGGACAGUCUUGUCAAUCAUCAUGUUUGUCGGAGCAUAUGGUGCAAACGCACUUUUGACGAUCCCAUACCCCUCUCUCCACCCUGUACUUUCCUUUCCUCUCCGUACUGUACAUCCUGUCUAUCAAACAAAGGAAAAAAUGGCCCAAAAAAAACUUAUCUCAUGUUUGGGACGGAUAUAGCAUACUGAAACCAAAAUAAAUCUCAUCUACUCAAAAAUACUUUUAUUGGCAUUUGCUCUCAGGAUCCUCUAGUAAAUGUAUUUAAACAAUGUUGUACAUGCUCAUGGAGAAUUCUUGGUUUGAGCUGAUAUAACGUCAAUAAUAACUGUAUUUUUAUUCUUCAGGUUGAUGGUAAGACCCCACAGACACAUACACAACAACAAAAUGACAUCUUGGGCAGCUGUAGGGCAAAAAAGUACAUGACCCUUGGGUUUAAAAUAAUUUACUUGUGAAUAAUGUCGCCAGAUAAAAAUGAAACCUCUAUAGGGCGGUUUCCUAGACAUGGCUUAUCCUAGUCCCAGACUAAAAUGCAUGUUUGGGCUGCUUUAAUUUAAAAAACAUCUUGCACACAUAUAUCAGUGCUAUUCCCAUAUGGCGAAAAAUAAUUUUAAAUAUAUUUCUAAAUAAAAAAAUGGCCAAAAAAUAUAUGUACUGAAAUAUAUUUUUAAACAUGUUUACAAAAGUGUGUUUUUCACCAAUUUUUAUUUUGGCCAUUUUUUUGUAUAUUUUGAAAUUCCAGUUGCAAGAAAAAAAACCUGUUACAAGCCUGUAAAUAACAGGUUAAAAUUUAAUAUAUUUUCAACUGCAAUUGUAUAACUAUAAUUUUACAUGUUAUACAUACUUAUACAUUUUAUAUAUUUAUUUUGUCCAAGAAAUUAUUUUGCCAUAUGGGUUAUAAAAUUCGAAAUGUAUUUGUUGCCCCUGAAAUAUGUACAUUUUGAAAUAUAUGUUAAUAUAUGAAGGUUAAAACUAAAUAUAUUUUCAAAUUCAAAAAUACAUUAAAUUAAGCUUUACUUUCUACAAAAUGUAUUUAGCAUAUAUUUAAAACAAAGAAAUUAUUUUUUUCUCAUAUGGGUUGUUUUGUCCCAUGAUGCACAGCAGUAUUGUUUUUUUUUAAGGUAUGUUUGUAAAAACGAUAUAAAUGUCCUAAUUUAACUAAAGCCUAUUCCUGAAUUAAUCAAAACCCUUGGAAACUGCCCUAUGUGAGAUUACACUUUAUUUUCCAUCCUUAAAGGAAAACACCACCGUUUUUCAAUAUUU